ACCCACAUGCAGUUCGAAGGGUUGCUUGAAAAUAGUGUAGACUGUAGACAUUAGCUUCACUCGCAGGAGAGUAAAGACUUGAACGAAAGCCCACAUCCCAAGUCCUCUCGAGAUGGCCAAGCAUUGAAUAAUACACAACCACCACCAAACUCAAUGCUCUUCCAAAUCACUAUAUAAAGACUAGACCCACAUCACUUAAACUCACAGAAAGUAAUUCAAAUUUUCAAUUUCUACACCCUUAGUUCUACUUAAUCUUCUUCUUUUAAGAAUGGCUAGCUUCAAGUUGGCAUGCUUGGUUCUCAUGUGCAUGGCUUUAGUGGGUGCUCCCAUUACCCAUGCCAUUACAUGUGGACAGGUUUCAGGCAACCUAGUGCAAUGCGUAGGUUAUCUCCAGGGAGGUGGUGCUGUUCCUCCACGUUGUUGCUCCGGUGUUAGGAACAUUGUGAACUUAGCCAGAACCACCGCUGACCGCCGCACAACUUGUAACUGUUUGAAACAAGCUGCUGCUGCAGUCCCUAGACUCAAUCCUGCGAACGCUGCGUCCCUCCCUGGCAAAUGUGGAGUCAACAUUCCCUAUAAGAUUAGCACCUCCACCAAUUGUGCCAGCAUCAACUGAAGUGAAGAAGAUUUGGAUGAUGGGUCUUCUAUAAGAAGAUAUAUAUUGUACUAGCUAUCUACUAGGGAAGAGAAUAAAAGGAGGGACGAGGUCUCCAUUUAGGCGAACUAGUUUACUCUUGUACUUUGGCUUGCCACGAAGUUUAAAUACUUCAAUGUGGUUCUAUGUUAUCCUUAAUUAUAACUUAAAAUAAGAGAGGUUGUA